AUUAACAAAAAUCGCCACGGAAGUGAUCAGUCAUCUUUUCUGGAACAAUACUGUUUUAAGUGCAUAACUGGGAAAAGGCGGGGUGUUCUUGGGCAUUUUAGUUUUUCUUGUAUUUAGUUUUAACAGUUUGCGUGGUGUCCAAGAGGUUUUGGUGUUGAAAAAUAUUGAAGGAUUAUAUUUUGAUUUACGUCGUGCCUGUGAGUUUUGAAGGAGGCCAUCUUUGCAAUCUCUAUCAGAGGUCUUUGGCUCACGGUUUCAUUGUCUGGUGAAAAGCCAGUAUUUAUUACACACACACUCCGUCAAAUGGCUUUAAAAAGAAUUAAUAAGGAAUUACAAGACCUCGGCAGAGAUCCUCCGGCACAAUGUUCAGCAGGUCCUGUUGGAGAUGACUUAUUUCAUUGGCAAGCCACAAUUAUGGGACCACCUGACAGUCCAUACCAGGGUGGAGUAUUUUUCCUAACAAUUCACUUCCCAACAGAUUAUCCGUUCAAACCUCCUAAAGUGGCGUUUACAACAAGAAUUUAUCAUCCAAACAUAAAUAGUAAUGGUAGCAUUUGUCUUGAUAUAUUACGUUCUCAAUGGUCACCAGCUCUUACAAUUUCAAAAGUACUGUUAUCAAUCUGCUCACUUCUGUGUGAUCCAAAUCCAGAUGAUCCAUUAGUUCCAGAAAUUGCUAGGAUAUAUAAAACUGAUCGGGAAAAGUACAACGAGUUAGCGCGCGAGUGGACUCGCAAAUAUGCUAUGUGAUGGCCCGGCCCCCAAAUCCCACACUUCACAUAUUAGAUGAAAAAACAAGUUAUUUAAUUCAACACAUUGGAGGGGAUUAGCCAGCCUAUAUUUCAUUCAUCAACUGUACAUUGCUUUGGACUUGGUUCCCUCCUCACCUUCUACCACAAUAUUGCUAGGUGGUUUUAUAAACGUUUCAAACAAUUUGUAUAACUGUAUUUUAGUAGCUCUGAAUUUUUCAAUUAUAUUUUAAUAUAUUGUGGUUGUAAGGGUUAGUGUUGGGUUGCGUUUUUUUCCCAAUUGCGCCCGACUUCCUUGCUUUGGAGUGGAGAAGAUGUCAGUCGCCUUUUUACAUAACGUAAAAUUCCCACGUUCAUUUUCUCUCCGCUCCGUCCAGUGUCGGGUCCCGGAUUUUCAGCCCGUCAUGUGGCUGCCACACUCAUACUAAUAUAAUUAUUGUUAGAUAAAUUAAUAUGUAGGUCUUGUGGUUCAACUAGGUGUAAUAUAAUAAAUAAUUUUUGAAUUUUUAAGGUGUUUCCCAAUCUCCGUCAUAAAAUUACAUCAGUUUUAGAUCUCGGUGAGUAAUUGAAAGCCCGCGUAGACGCAAUUGGAAGGAUUUCUGUCAGACCCUAUGCAAGCAGUCAAGUUACCUGAAAUUUUAUUCUCGCACUUUAUCGACCGAUACGAGCAAGCAAAACUGUCGCACUUUUUUUAUUUUUUUACAAGCUUGUGUGAAGGUUUUGUUUGCCGGUAAUUUUGAAUGUCCACCCGUUAUCAAAAUAUCUUGUUGAUAAUAUUUUAUUUUAUUAAUUCGCUUAUGAAAUUUAAAUAGUUAGGAUAUAAUAAUUUAUUUUAGACAUUUGUGAACAUCUGUUUUUCUUUUGCAGACAUGACUGUACUAUUAACAUGUAAAACUUUUUAUACAUAAAUAUAAUGUGUAAAAUACCCGAUGUAGUAAAUAAGAAAUUGCUUCCUCUCCUUUUUUCAAAUCUGAUUUCCGGGACCCUCCUCAGCGGGGUUGUCUGUCUCCUCCUUAUAUUCUCUUUUUUUAUUGAAUCGUACAUAUUUUUCUCUUAUUUAAAUUAUUCAGUGUAAAAUAUCAAAUCUAUUAUUACUUGAUAAGGAAACUUAGGAUAUUUGUUAUAUAUUUUUUCUCGUCAUUAAACAGGACAUUAAAUAAUAAAAUACA